AUGGUAGCUGCGAGCAUCCUUGUUGGUGUCGCGCUCGCGAUUAUCCUCCUGACCUAUGGUCUGCCUUGGCUCUUUGCCGAAGUUUUCCCUUGGCAAAGCUUGUACAAGCAGCGACACGGCCGUCCACAGUUGUUGACCGAAUCGUAUGUCGGUCGCUGCGCGCUGGUCACCGGCGCCAAUGGCGCAUACGGCUCAAGAGCGUGCAAACUAUUCGCAUCGAGAGGUAUCAAGACACUGGUCAUGGUAGAUGUGAUGGAUUGCGAGCGAUUGAAGCGAGAAAUCGAGGAGGAACUAAAGGCGGAGAAGAAGCCCGUCCCAGACGUGCUGGUCUGGCAGGUGGAUCUGAUGACUUUCGCCGGAUGCGAAGCGCUCGGUGCCAAGCUCGAGACGCUCGGCCACCUAGACCAUGCCUUGUUGACGGCCGGUAUACUUUCGUUCAAAAGGAAGGAAUCGCCUGAAGGUUGGGAAACGUCUAUUCAAGUCAACUAUCUGUCAACAGCCCUUGUGUCCCUCCUCAUGCUCCCCCACCUCAAAGCUUCGUCUGGCAACCCCAAUCCUCCGACCUUGACCUUCGUCACGACGUUUGGGAUAUACCCGGCAUCUCCCACGAUGGGCGUUCCAAAGACUGGCUCUUACCUCAAGCGCCUGUCGAACAACAAGGACGGCAUGGCUCAAGGGCACCAAUAUGGCAGGUCCAAAGCGCUCUUGCUCUACUUUGGCCGGGAACUCGCUGCUCGAGUCUCACAUGCGAGUGCCGACAAACGACUGGGACCUAUCACAGUCAACAGCGCAGAUCCUGGCUCUGCUUGGACCCCCUUGACAAACGUCCAGCGGACCAUGCUCAUUCCUCGACUCAUCAUGGACUUUGGUGCUAGGGAUCCGCACUAUGGAGCUGUGGCUCUCACAAACGGCGCGUCUGCUGGUCCCGAGUCACACGGCAAGAUCAUGCAAGACUUUGACACCGCCUCAUAUCCUCCCUUCAUGAAUCGAUCCAGUGGAACGGCAGCGCAGCGGAGAGUCUGGGAGGAGACGCAGGCAGAGUUCACGAACAAGGUGCCGAGUGUGAAGCGGAUUUACGAUCUGCUCGAUAAAUAA